AUGAAUGGAUCGAAAUCAACUACCUUCAGUACUGGAGCCGUCUAUAAAGCGAUCAAACACCACAACCCGCUUGUAGACUGGAGCAAGACAGUCUGGUGCCCGAGAGGAACCCCUAACCAUAGGUUCUUGCAAUUCCUCCUCAACUGCUGUCCGGCUAGAGAUCGCCUGCUGUCUUGGGGUCUAAACACUCCCUCUACAUGCCUCUUGUGCAACUCUUCUGAUGAAAGCCGAAGCCACCUCUUCUUCGAAUGUGUUUACUCUUCGCAAGUCUGGCACAACAUUGGAAAUCGAUCAGGACUAACCAUCUCCUCAUCAUGGGACCAAACUCUCACCGCUCUUCAUCAUCUAUCAGGGCCGUGA